CCGCCCCCCUCGCACCGCCCCCCCGCCGCCGCCCCCCCGCCGCCACCGCCCCCGCUGCCACCGCCACCGCGCGGGGGGGCCCUGCCCGAGCCGGGAGUAGCCACGGUCGCCGGGGCCGCAGCGUCACCGCUUCGGGACUGAAAGUACUGUUGAGGAAACAACAAAAUGAGUAGUCGACGAAAACGCGCACCUCCAUCGAAAGUAGAUGAGGAGAAGAAGAAAAAGCUCUGCUGGAACAUGCAUGAAGACCGGAGAAAUGAGAUAGUAACAUUAGAUGAUGAAGUGACUAAUGAGGACCAUGUUCCAGUUCCAAGCACUUCUGCAUCCUUCGUUGUUAUAAAUGAUGAUAGCACUGAUGAAGAUCUUGUACAAAAAGAAGGCAGUGGCUCAAAAUCUGUUAAGUUUUUGACAGUUAAUGAUGAAGAAGACUCUUAUUCCAUCUUGACUCCUGUGUCUGUACAGCUGAAUAUUAUAGUCUUGCCAUACCGUGCAGAUGGGUCCUGGAAGGUUUUGUUGGGAGAAUUUGCUCUACAUCUUCCUUCUGAACAAAUUCUAGCUGACGAAUUCCAUGAAAGGAGCUUUACUUUAAUGAGAGGAGACUCUGACGAUCAGCUGCAGGUCUGUGUUCAUGAAAGAAGUGAAGAAGAGUGUAGUAAUGAAACUAAAGAAUACCUGGGUGCUUAUGAACAACGUAUUUUGGUGGAACCAACUUUAAGUGGUGAAAUAUUGGAAGGCUUGAGAUGGUUGCAAAAGAAGAAGAUAAUUGGACUUUAUCAAAGACCUGGAGAGGCUCAGACUUUAAAGGUUGGAAUUUACCUUCUUGAAGCUGGGCUAAGUAAACCAGAGUUUCUCAGUGAUGGAGGUGGAAGGCCCAAAAAAGCCAAUCAGCUGAUUCAAAAACUCAUGGAAAAGUUCUACAGUUUUUUAAUUCCAGGAUAUAUUUUUAUGGACUACGUGGUUCAGUGCUGCUUACAAGUGAAGAGGCAUUUGCUGGAAGGGAAGACAUACACCUCAAAGUUACUGGAGCAAGAAUGUGGAUAUGAGCUGGAGGAAGAUGAAGAAGAAUCUGACAUGGAACUAGAGCGACAAAAUAUUGAAGAGCUUUACGACUUUGUAAGACACACCCAUCAGCAGGAUAUCCAGUUACUUAGAAAGGAUGUGCAGCAUCCUGCAUUAAUUCCCAUUCUGAGGCCAUACCAAAGUGAGGCUGUGAAUUGGAUGCUUCACCGAGAGAACCACACAAAUGCUCCAAGCAGUGAAAAUGCACUGCACUUCUUAUGGCGGGAGGUGAUCACUCUGGAUGGAGUAAAAAUCUACUAUAAUCCAUUCACUGGCUGUAUUAUCCGUGAAUACCCAACUGCUGGACCCCAGUGGCCUGGAGGUAUUUUGGCAGAUGAGAUGGGUCUUGGAAAAACAGUGGAAGUGUUGGCUCUUAUUCUGAAUCAUACUGGACCAGAUAUUAAACAAGAUGAUCUGACAUUACCUGAGGGUAAGCUUGUGAACUUCUUUGUUCCACCUCAACCUUUAGAAGGAAAUAAAAAGAAAAAACCAAAGGAAAUGGAGCCUAAAUUGAAGGAAAAAAUACAAUAUCCCAGCUUACGAGUGAUGAUAUUAACAGCUGUAAAAGAAAUGAAUGUGAAGAAAGGAGCAUCCAUCGUUGCAAUAUUUAAGUACAUCAGUGCUAUUUAUAGGUAUGACACACAGAGAAAUAGACGGCUUCUCAAAAGAACUUUGGAAAAGCUAAUUGCAGAACAUGUAGUAGAGCAAGUCAAAGGACAUGGUCUGGCUGGGUCUUUCAAGCUGGGAAAGAAUUACAAGGAACAGAAGAAGCGAGAAAGAACCAAAGAGCAGGUAGCAAAGACUUCAGAAAAUACUCAGAAGAAGCAGCUGACUGAUGCUAAAACUCAAACCAAAGAAUCAAAAAAUAGUGAUAUCACAUCUGAACACAUCUGUAAAACUGCUUCACAAGUGGAUAUUGCCAUGGAAGAACAUGAUUAUUGUACACCUAGCAAAAAUAACAAGAAAUCUGAACCAGAUCAUGAGAACUCUGUAAAAGAGAAUAAUGUUAAGCAGGAAACUGUCAUCCCAAAAUCUCCUGAUUUGCGUGGCAGCCUCCUUGUCUCCAGUGACAUGAGUAGCCAUCCUGAUUUUGAUGUUUCUAAAACUACAACCGAUGUCCAGCAGGAAAUCCCAAAGGUCCCGUCCUCACAUUCCCAAGAACAUGCUGACAGUAGUGUACAACAUACCAGUUCUGUAUUUCCAUUUAAUACCUCUGAAUAUCGUUUCGAAUGCAUCUGUGGUGAGCUUGGAUUGGCUGACUACAAAGCUCGUGUGCAGUGCCUGAAAUGCUACUUAUGGCAGCAUGCAGAAUGUGUAAACUACAAAGAGGAAAACCUGAAGAGCAGGCCCUUCUACUGUCCCCAUUGCCUUGUGGCAAUGAAACCAGUUCCCACAGGAGCGACUCUGAUAAUUUCUCCAAGUUCUAUUUGUCAUCAGUGGGUAGAUGAGAUCAAUAGGCAUGUAAGAUCAUCUUCUCUUCGCGUUCUGGUGUAUCAAGGUGUGAAGAAGCAUGGCUUUUUGCAGCCACACAUGUUGGCGGAGCAGGAGGUGGUUAUCACCACGUAUGAUGUCCUGCGCACUGAACUGAACUAUGUGGACAUCCCCCACAGCAACAGCGAAGAUGGGCGCCGCUUCAGGAACCAGAAGCGGUACAUGGCCAUCCCAAGCCCCUUAGUAGCAGUGGAGUGGUGGAGGAUCUGCCUCGAUGAAGCACAAAUGGUUGAAUGCACUACUGCAAAGGCUGCUGAAAUGGCACUCCGUUUAAGUGGAAUCAAUCGCUGGUGUGUCAGUGGUACUCCUGUGCAGCGAGGAUUAGAAGAUCUGUAUGGAUUAGUCCUUUUUCUUGGAGUUGAUCCUUACUGGGUCAAACAUUGGUGGGACCAACUUUUAUAUCGACCUUAUUGUAGGAAAAAUCCCCGGCCUCUUUACAGUCUAAUUGCGAAGAUAAUGUGGAGAUCAGCAAAGAAGGAUGUGAUUGACCAAAUUCAAAUACCCCCUCAGACAGAAAAUAUACACUGGCUUCACUUCUCUCCUGUGGAGAGACACUUCUAUCAUCGCCAGCAUGAGGUGUGCUGCCAGGAUGCAUUGGCAAAACUCAGGAAGAUUUCAGACUGGACUCUUAAGCUUAGCAGCCUAGAUAGAAGAACUGUGACUUCCAUACUAUACCCAUUGCUACGGCUGAGGCAGGCCUGCUGUCAUCCACAAGCUGUUCGGGGAGAGUUCUUGCCAUUACAGAAAAGCACCAUGACCAUGGAGGAACUGUUAGCAUCUCUGCAAAAGAAAUGUCGAACGGAGUGUGAAGAAGCUCACCGACAGCUAGUGUGUGCUCUUAAUGGCUUAGCUGGUAUCCAUAUCAUUAAAGGAGAAUAUGCAUUGGCUGCGGAGCUAUACAGAGAAGUAUUAAGAUCAUCUGAAGAGCACAAAGAAAAGCUCAAAACAGAUUCCUUGCAAAGACUUCAUUCUACACAUAAUUUGAUGGAAUUGUUGGCAAAGCACCCAGGAAUUCCCCCAACUUUGCGUGAUAGCCGACUUGCAGAAGAGGCAGAACAACUUCGACAACAUUAUAUGAGUAAAUCCAAUGCAGAAGUUGCAGAAGCCCAUCAAGCCUUACAGCCAGUCCUUCAAACCAUUCGGGAGCUCCAGAGAAAGAUACAUUCCGGUUCUCCUUGGUGGUUGGAUGUCAUCCAGACAGCAAUACAGUAUGCCAUUGAUGAGGAGCUCGUUCAACGUGUACAAAACGAAAUAACCUGCAACUACAAACAGCAGACUAAUAAACUCUCCAUGGCAGAGAAAUUCCGUGACUGCAGAGGCCUUCAAUACCUGCUCACAACCCAGCUGGAUGAAGUGAAGAAGUUCCAAAAGAUUGUAAGAGAAGCAGUGAAAAACUUAGAAGGGCCUCCUUCUAAGCAGGUUAUUGAGGCUGCCACUAUCUGCCAUUUGCGACCUGUUAGACUUCCACUCAACAACUGUGUCUUUUGUAAGGCUGAUGAAUUGUUCACAGAAUAUGAGUCGAAGCUCUUUAUGCAUAGUGUUAAAGGCCAAAUGGCAAUAUUCGAGGAGAUGAUAGAAGACCAAGAGGGGCUUGUUGAUGACCGUUUGCCCACUACAAGUAGAGGACUGUGGGCAACCAGUGAAACUGAACGUGCCUUGAAAGCUCUUCUCUCCUUUGCCAAAGCUCACCGAAUGGAUGUUAGGCUAACUGAAGAAGGGAGCGUAUUCCUGGAACUCUUUGAAGCAUGGAAAAAGGAAUAUAAGUUACUUCAUGAAUAUUGGAUGGUACUUAGGGAUCAUGUGUCUGCUAUUGAUGAACUGGCAAUGGCUACAGAAAGACUGAGAGUGCGUCAUCCUGAUGAGCCAAAACCAAAUCCACCAGUUCUCCACAUCAUAGAACCACAUGAGGUAGAGCAAAAUCGAGUGAAACUUCUGAAUGACAAGGCAGUUGCCAAAUCACAACUUCAGAAGAAAUUGGGACAACUUCUAUAUCUCACUAAUUUGGAGAAAUCUCAGGAUAAAACUACUGGGGGAGUGAACCCAGAACCGUGUCCAAUCUGUGCUCGUCAACUGGGAAGACAGUGGGCAGUGCUGACAUGUGGACAUUGCUUUUGUAACGAGUGUAUAGCCAUCAUCAUCCAACAGUACAGCGUUGGCACCCGCCGGAGCUCAAUUAAGUGUGCCAUCUGCAGGCAGACAACAUCCCAUAAAGAAAUAUCCUAUGUCUUUACUGCAGAAGCUGCAAAUCAGGAGGAUGAUAUUCCUGUAAAGGGAAGUCACUCCACCAAAGUGGAAGCUGUGGUCCGAACACUGAAGAGAAUUCAAUUUAAAGAUCCAGGGGCUAAAUCCUUAGUUUUUUCAACGUGGCAAGAUGUAUUGGAUAUAAUUUCAAAAGCUUUGUAUGACAACAACAUGAUUUUUUCUCAGAUCAAUGGAAUUAGUAAAUUUCAGGAAAAUCUUUCUGCAUUUAAAUAUGAUCCCAACAUCAAUAUUUUGCUGCUGCCUCUUCACACUGGUUCCAAUGGACUAAACAUCAUCGAAGCAACUCACGUUCUGCUUGUGGAACCCAUUCUGAAUCCAGCACAUGAGCUACAGGCUAUUGGCAGAGUACAUCGUAUUGGCCAAACAAAAUCUACCAUUGUUCACAGGUUCCUGAUAAAAGCAACAAUAGAAGAGAGAAUGCAGACUAUGUUGAAAACUGUAGAUAGAAGUCACACGAGCUCUUCCAUGAAACAGUCAGAAGCCUCAGUGUUGACAGUGGCAGAUUUGGCUGACCUUUUUACAGAGGAAACUGAAGAACUUGAGUAAAAACAUUGUUUUGUCCUAAUGAAAUCAGAAAGUACCUGAUCUAAUAAGCACCAGGAUAUAAUCCACUUGAUCUAUCGUUCCUGUAAACAUCAACUUACAUUUGUUACAGAGUGAUUGGAAAUUGAAAAGUCUUAAUUGUUACUGUUUUAUUCUUUGGUGAAGCUCAUAGCAGCACACACUUCUGAUGGCACUGGAGAAAAGUUGCACUUUGCACAUUAUACAAAAACAUGGAUUUUAUUCCCAAAGAGCAUUUGAGCUGGAUGCUAAAACUGAGAUCUUGGACCCUUGGUUGAGAGGAUUUUUACCAUCAGGUUUGAUUGGCUAGUAGCUCUGUCUGAGAGCAAAACUAUGUGGGUGGUUGGGUGGGAAAGGGAAGCAGAAAAAUACAAAUCUAAUUUUUUUUACUGUACAAAGAGAUGUUAGAAAGAAUGACUGUAAAUUAAUAUUCUUCUAGAAAGGGCUUGUUAGAUUUAAUGCAGAGUUACUAAAUGUCUUAUUGUUAAAACUUCAAAUGACUAAUCUUUACUAAUAAUUUGGAUAUUUGUAUUAGGCUUUUAGAUAUUCAUAAAGACUUGUGACAGUUAAAUAUUUCAUUGUUAAUGCUUACUUAUUGCAAAAAGAUGAUAAUUAAAUUAUGCUUUUUGUAUAUAUGUUGGUCUGGUGAUCAGUUAAAGACUUGAACUUGCUGUACAUGUUUUCACUUGAAGCCGUGACUAAUUUAGUGCUCUGUUUAAAAAAAAGGCAUUUGUUACAGAAUUUUCAAAAAAUUAAUUGGUUAAGCUGCUGAUCACUUUGGAAUCAUAUGGUGUGCUUGUGUGCAUUUUCUCACUAUGAUAUCUUUGUCUAGUUCUCCCCCUUAAAGAUACAGCGAUUUAAAUAUACAAAAUAGAUGAAAUUAAGGUAGGCAGUCUAAUUCUUAGGUGCCUGGUCUAAGUUAGAUAAACAGUGGAGAGACAUGGAACUUUGUGAAGUUUCGUCCUGAUAUGCGAGAUCACUCUACGCUAUCUCUGUUAACAGUAGAUAGUUUGGAAAACAAAUCCAGGCUAAUUUUUAGACUGCUAAAAGUAGGCAAGAUAAAUUUUAAAGCCUUUUGACAUAGGUUAUGAAUUCACACUUAUAUAACAUUUGUUUCUGAAGGUGUUAUAGAAGCAAGCUCAGUUACACAGUUGAUGUUAAACACAAGUUUGUGUUUAGAGAGUGAGCACAAGCAACAGGCUAUGUCCCUCAAAUUACAAUAUUUACUGUUUCAGUAGGCAAUGUAUUUUGUAUAUUUUAAAAAUCUUACUUAAGGUGGAAAUUAAAAUUAGUCCUGUAAGAAAUCUCAUUGUAGAAUUUUUAAUCAUGUCAGCUGAUUCAUCAUAGAUUUCUAUAGUUAUUGAGCUUCUUGAGUUUUGUUUUCAGUCAUACAGCAUUUGAGCUGCACAGUCAGGUAUUAAGCCUAUCCACGACAGGUAAGUUUUCUGCUUCUGACAACAGAGGUGAAUAGAAUUUGCAAGAAUAAUACUGUAUCAAGAAGUGGGUUUUUUGGCAUUUAUAUUCUGUUGGCCUUCUGGACCAAUUGGAUACUUUUUUUCUAAAGACUAUUUGAGUAACUUUACAGACAAUGUAUCUGUUUCCCAUAUUUGUAAUAUGUGCUAGUUGGUUUAGCCCAGAAAGCCAACCGCAUCCUGGGCUACAUCAAAAGCAGCGUGUCCAGCAGGUCGAGGGAGGUGAUUCUGCCCCUCUACUCUGCUCUGAUGAGACCCUUCCUGGAGUUCUGCAUCCAGUUCUGGGACUCCCAGCAGACAAAGGACAUGGGCCUGUUGGAGCCAGUCCAGAGGAGGGCCACUAAGUUGAUUACAUGGCUUGAGCACCUCUCCUAUGAAGGCAGGCUGAAAGAGUUGGGAUUGUUCAACUUGGAGAAGAGAGGUUCUCGGGUAACUGUAGAGCACCCUUCCAGUACUCAAAGGGGGCCUGCAAAAGAGCUGGAGACAGACUUUUGACAGGGGCAUGUAGUGAUAGAACAAGGGGGAAUGGCUGAAGGAGGACAGGUUUAUACUGAAUAUUAGGAAAAAAUUCUUUACUUUGAGGGUGGUCAGGCACUGGAACAGUUUGCUGAAAGAGGUCAAGGACUCCCCAUCCUUGGAAGUGUUCAAGGCCAGAUUAGAUGGGACUUUGGUCUAGUGGAAAGUGUCCCUGCCCAUGGCAGUGGGGUUGGAACUACAUGAUCUUUAAGGUCCCUUCCAAGCCAAACCACGCUACAAUUCUGUAUGUACAUUUUAUUUUGUAGGUUAUUGAUUUUUUUUGCAGAUUACAGUUCGCAGCAAGGCAAAUAGAAUAGAUAGUAGACUUUCUUUAGAUGAGAUUGAUUAAACAGUGUACACAGAAACUGGGACAUCUACAUCCUUGAACAUACUGGGAACUCAAAUAACCCUGAGUAACCUGAUCCACCUUCGAAGUUGGUCCUGCUAUGAGUGGUGUGUUGGACCAGAUGACCUCCAGGGAUCCCUUCCAACCUAAAUUAUUUUACAGUGUACUGGAGAUCUUGCUGUACAGACAUUCCAGGAACUCUGAGAGCAGCAAUAUUCCAGUUUCCUCGUUGUCUUCAGAUAAUUUUGAUAUUGUAUGGCAAUGUGAUUGCACAAGAAGCUGCUGUUCACUCUGAGAAAUUAUAUAUCUAUGUUAAAAGCUGUGGAAGCACAUAGUGUUUACAUUCAUAGCUCCCACUUUAAUUAACUACAUGUGGGAAGAAUAGUUGUCAGUGAACGUGAAGAAAGAGAGGCAAACUGAAAAAUAUCUGCUUCCCAAGCUCUUCAAGUUUUUGACUUAUUUAUAUAAAGGUGAUGGUUUCAUUGUUUAUUUACAAACAUGUAGUUUUUGAAUUCCUAACCAAAAGCAUAGCUUCACAUCAAGCACUGUGUGAGUCUUAAGUCCUGGCUUAUCUUUUUCUAUACUGAUAUAACAGCAUGAAAUGCCAGAUAUCUGGUUGUAGGUGCUCUCCUGACUGCCCUGGAGCACCAGGACUUAGAGCUCUGGAAGUAUUACAUUAAAGUGUGUACAAAGUCAUGUCAAAUCACCUGUUGAAACUGGAAGGUUGAACUGUUGGAGCAUAUAGCCAGUAUCAGCAGUAAAACAGAUUCUUCAAGUUUCACAUAAUGCUAAAUAAAGAGACUAAAUGCUUUUUGCCAUUCUUUCCAACAUUUAGUUUCUUUGACAAAGGUUUUUCUUUCAGACUUCUUACGAGACUUCUCAUGAGAUGAAUUCUUUUUUUUUCUUUCCUGCUAAGGGUGCAGCUUGUACAUCUGCAGUGCUUUUCUCUUAUCAAAGCACAGUAAGCUUGAUUUCACAGUGCUGUCAUGGUUUUUUUUCUCUAUCAGAACACUCUUUAAAAAGACAGUAUCUUAGCUGAGAACAGUUUGCCUUGUUGUAAUGCUUCCAACAUACUCACAGAAGACAGAAAUCUAUAAAUACUGACUGCAGUGUUUAAAUGACAUUUGUGUGGACAUACCCAAGAGUCGUGUACCAGAUUCUCAUGUGUUAAAACGUAAACAUGAUCUGAGGUGCCAGUAUUUAUCUAGUGAAGUCAGUCCUUUAAAAAUGAGGCUUCAGCUGAUUACGAAGACCUCAGUGUUGACCUUUCAUCUCUUUCAGUUCUAUGACAAAAAAUGUUGAAAGUUUUCUUGACUGUAGUUGAUGAGGGUUUUAGGACAGGUUUUCUCCCUGUUUAGUUCAGUGCUUUGUAAAACAGAGCUGUUGUUUUGGUGUCUGCAAAUAGUAAACUUCCUUGAACCACGCAAUAUCAUCGUGUUGGAAACUAAGGUGUUAAACUUGCAGUGUAAAUUGAGUUCUGUGAAUUUCAGUGUGGAUCUUUAAAUAAAUUUGUAAGUUAAGAUCCUCCUUGUUCUCUAAAUCAGGCUAUGCCAGGAAAAGGUUUUCAUCUUGACCUGUUAGGUAACUUUUUAGCAUACUAAUCAAAGUCCAGCACACUACCGUUUUCAUGUAGGUCAGAUACUACAAAAGAAUAUUACCUCAGUCUUCUCUUGCAUAUUCCAAGUUGUAUACUAAGGAGUGGACAUAAGAGUUGAUGCUUUUUAUGAGAUAGGCCUUCCAAACCACAUGUCUGCCAAUGUCUUUAGAUGUAUUAGAGUUGUCUGUGAGUGGGGUCCUACGUAGAUAAAAAGUCCAUAGUUGUUACCAGUUAAAACCAUAAUUAGACAUACAUCCUCCUGUAAGAUUCUGUCUGGAUUAGUAGCUGAAUACCAGUUAACAGCUCUUUGCUACUAUCUUUUGCAGUCCUUAUGACUGCGUUAACUUUUUUAGGAGUCAGAAUUAUUUGUUUAGUUAGAACUAUGUUUCAGUUAAAUUGGAGAGAAAAAAGUCAGUAUUGGUCAAUCUCGUGACCAACGUAAGAAAAAAUUAACCUUGAAAUUUAUAGCUCUCUCAAGGUAAGCAAUUAGAUGAGUUUCUAAAGGAAAACCUAGAAAUCUGGGGGGUUUUCUAGAUGUAAAUAAAGCCUGUUUCUGAAGCUUAAUCUAAAGACUUAGUGCUUGAAAUCUGUAUUUUAAACUUUUCUAUACACUGAAAGGCUACUUACAAAGCUACUGUGCCUGUGAUUUUUCUUCCUUUUUUGAUUGCUUGAAACAAGUGAGGUCUUUACAAGAUUAUAUGCUAUAAAUGUAGAUUAAAGGAAUUUCAGAACGGAGAAAAAAUAAGGUUCAGGACAUCCCUACCUCUCCCUCUGUCUGUGUGUUUCCAUUUUUAUGUGUCAGUCAUCUUGUCACACCCUCCACCCACCCCCAUCUCGCUCAGUUUGUUACAAAGAAUAUUUGUGUUAGUCAGUGGCAGUAGAGUGAAAUAGCUAGAGUAAAAACUAGCUUACUGUAUCACAGGAAAAGUGUCUGAGGUAAAGGGAAUUUUAGCCUAGUAUAAAUUCUUUUUUAUAUCUGUAAUAUUUUCAUUUACCACUUUUAUUCACCACUGUAGAAGCAGAUGUUGAAUUUUAUAUUUCUAGUUUUACAUAUAUCUAGUUUUAUAUAUAUCUGACAUAUAAAAAGGAUGCAGUAAUCUAAUUACUGAGUAAUCAGUAAUUACAGUAAUUACAAGUUUUUACUAGCCAAGUCUAUAGGUUUGGGAUUCAUAAAGUGCACCUGAACCAUUGUCACAAAUCAUGGUGCAUCCACUGUCUUCUCCUCUUUAGAGGAGGAGGAGGGAAUAGGUAACUACUGAUUCAGUGUCCCAAGUCCCAAGUAGUCACUCCACAUAUUCUACAGUCAUACACUGUGUAAAGAGGACAGUUAGUUGAACUCAUAGCUUUCAAGUGUCAUUAAGGAAUUAAGUCAUCUGGGGCAGAAGUAAAUGAUGUAGGGUUUCCAAGUACUAGAAUAACUCUCCUUAGACAAUUGAAUUGUGAGAUAUCUGUAAACCUCUGGCUUGGCUCCAUGCUCUGGCUUGGUUUCCUUCUUUGUAUGAGAUGUCAGCCUUCCAGGGCUUAACUUCCAAGUUCCUUUGUUUCAUGUAUUUAUAGAGCUGACACAAGCAAGUGCCCAACCCGAUUAAUUCAACUGGACACAUAUCAAAUUUUAUCAGUUUAGGAACAGGUGUCAGUUUUCCAUGAUGUAACAUGUCUUGGUUUGAUGGCAGCCUUCACAUCAGCUAGAAAUUACCUUUUCAAAUUCUACCAAGUGUAAGGUCUGACUGCUUACAGGGUGUCUCAAAAUAUACAUUGUUGGUGUGGGCUGGCCUAGAUAGUUGUGGAGAUUUUUAUGCCACUUUUCCUUCCAUCCUACCUAUGGGGGUUAGUGAGCUAGUAAAAUUCAUUCUGUAUUGCUGUGAAUUGUCCCCUCCUUAUGCUAACAGGUUCUCAUCAUUGGUCAGACUUUCUCUUGACUAUGUCAUUUGGUUAAGGAAGAAAAUCUAGACUGCCUUCCUUGUUUAUCAUGAUGGAGUUUUGCCCUGGCAGUCUUGGAGUCUCCUGAAACAGAGGACCACAAAUGUGGGGACAGUGACAUUUUUUUUAUGGAUGCUGAAACUUUAGGAGACGAGCUGUAUCGGCUGAAUGUUCACAAGUCCAUGUGGCCUGAUGGGAUUCAUCCCAGCAUUCUGAAGGAGUUGGCAUAUGGUUUGGAAGAACUCCUCUUGAUCAUCUACCAAACAUCUGGGAGGGUUCCUGCUGACUGGAAGCUAGCUAAUGUUGUUCCAGUUUACAAGAUGGACAUAAAGGAAGACCCAGGGAACUACAGACUCGUUAGUCUAACCUCAGUUCCUGGAAAAAUUAUACAGAUUAUACCAGGUACUAUUGGAAGGCACACACAUAUGUUGUUUCUCUUUCAAUCUUCUAUAAAAUCUUAGUAAAGCAAUGUAGGAGUUGUGGAAAUGAUUACACUUUGCUAACUGCUUGUGCCAUGGUUAGGUCUUAAAAGCAGCUGAUUCUAUCCUAUAAUUUCUGUAACAGAUGUACAAAGCCCAGAGCAUUUCACCACCAGCCAGAAAAGAGAUGGAGGGAAUAUCUCCAAGUCCCAGUGAUCCAUUCAUAUCUGCUGUUGCACAUGCUGCAGUGGAGGUAGAAUCUGCACUAGAUGGAGCUGAAGGAGAGGGGAGGAGUUUGGAGGGAAAAAAUGAGGAACAUUUGUAAAAUGUUCCUCUGAGUGCUCUUCUGAUGAUUUUUCUGUGGGAGGAAUGAGUCACUGAUAUGAGCAAUGAAUAAACAAAGGGUGAAAGAUUGUAAGUGUAGCCUAUUCAUUGGAGCUUAAUGUUCAUCUAAAUGCAGUGGCACAUUUUUGUGUUCCUAAUUUGACAUAUUAGUCACUUUCUUACUGACUGUUGCAAUGUGAGCAUACAGGGCUUUGCAGUGGUUGAACAAAUGUGAAUAUUGAAAAGUUUUGUCCCCUGUGAUACAUGUUUUAAUGUGCACCUAAGUCAUACAACCAAAUGUAUGCUGUGGAUUUGUGAAGGAUGACAGUUCAAACUCAUAAGAUAUACAUUACAGAUUGACCUUCCUGAACCAAACAGGCAAGUUUUACUUAAUAAAGGAAAGGUAAUUAAUCACUUCUGCUGUAAAUGAACAAGUGUCUCUGAAGAGGCAAGGCAGUGGACUUUGUAAUUGCCUCUUGGGAAAUGUUGCACCUAUUGAACAUUCAUGUCUGCAGUGGGGAUGAAAGGCAGAAAGCCCAGCCCAGUUCCGUUGUGCAGGGAAACGGAGCGCUGAGAAGUCUGGCCAGAAGCUUGAGCCUGCUAUGUUAAAUGAGGGACUUGUCAUAGAUAUUUCUGGGGAACCUCUUCUUUUGUGUACUUCAAUCUUCUAGCAUCUCAUAAGCAUAGAUUUUCUGUAAAGUUUCCACAAUUCUUAACAGACACUUUCUUCAUCAGGAAGCUAUCACUGUUCAGUGGAGUUUUUCUGUUUUCCUUGUGGACCAUGUAUUUCUUUUUUGUUACUUGUUCUUAAGAAAGGUGGGUGCCCCUGAAUCAUUAACAGCUCUUGUUAAAAGCCUCUAAAAUAGAAUUGAAGGACAUGAAACACCAAAGGGAUAGACAAAGUGAAUGAAGUGAGGGAGGAUCUACUUCUGCCUAGUAAAGGGCACACUGCUGCUGCUGUGGCAGAGGAGACAGAUGUGAGUUGGGGAAUGGUAGAGGAGGUAUCCAGUCCUAUCCUGGGGAAAUCAAUUCUAAAAUAGAUAGAAAAGGUUUUCUGAGUAACGUUGGUCUCCACACUUUAGGAAUUCUAUUGUUGGGCCCAGGACACUAUUUGAUCAUUUGUUGAGGCACUUGAUUCUGUGGAGAGGUUUUAAAGCCCAAAGCCACAACCGUGAACUUAAGUCUAUAAAUUACACACUUUUUGAUAGAAAAUGUUUUCUUUGAUAUAAAAGAAUAUUAACAAAUACUGUGUCAGGCAUUUGCAAGCAAUUUGAUGGCCUGUAAUUUAAUUCUAGAUUUCAGUGUGGAAACAGAGUAAUUUAAUUUUUUUAGUAAUAGAAAGUAGAACUAAUCAGUUUUUGCAACAGCAAGUUAAUGACUUUUAGAAAGCAAUGCACAGGAGAGAAGAGCAGUUUUCAAUUGUGUUCCAAAACUGAAAUUCCAGAUAAGCUAGGAAACAAGUAUUUUUAUUAGCUGCUGUUUCUUUGCAUUAUACAGAUAAUGUAAUUUCAAUGAAAUAAUUUAUUUAGAAAGCAGCAAAACUAAAUAUUUAUUUAAAAAUUAUUAAGUAUGAAUAAACGUACAACUUAAUGUUCCCAUGGUCUCUGAGUAACAACAUUCCUAUCAAUAGCCUUUCUUUUGUACUCAAAGUUUACUUUCAAAAUUACAUCAUAGUAUCUCUUGAGGUUUGCGCUGUUUCAAAGCCUUUGUGAACACAAAUUUUUGUCUUACAUUUUCCUGCUACUGAAAAAACACUGACUGAUGUAACAUUCAUUAAAUAACGUUUUCUUUCCAUCUUUCUGGUUUUAGAAGAAUAGCUGGUGCCUCUUCUGAGAGAUAGUGCUUAAUCAUUUGUGUUCCUAUUCCUCAGUAUGUAACUGAAUUGUCUGAUAGAUGUUACCUGUUAAGUAGUAUCCUUUAAUAGGAAUGCUCUGCAUGUGUAAAUAAUUGUUAUUCAAAACGAAAAUUACAGUACAUGUAGAAGCCCAGGGGUCAAUCCAUAAUUAUUCUUUCCAGUGUGGUUGGUUGCACCCAGCUCCAAAACUGCUGAUUUCUGGAAACAGCUCACACUUCCCUAUGGCAAUUCUUCACUACAUUCUCCUGCUCCAUGGAGACUGGGCCUGUGACAUCUCCUCGAUAAAGUUAUCUGUUGGAUCA